AUGGGGUUAGCAGAGUAAUUAUAAUUUUUUCUGGGGUCUUUUGCUCAGUUUGUGCUUUAUUGGUCAAUGAACCAAGAAUAUCGCACUGAUGUUUUGAUUUCAACUUACAAGUUCUCAGAGGCUUUGUUCCAAGACUUUGCAAAUAUUUUGAAUAUUCCAGAUAAACCAGAGCAAUAUGGAUGGCCAAUCGAUCAAUAAAUCAUUGAGAAAGGGUAUAUGUACGAACAGCACAAAAUCACUACUGAGGAUGGGUUUAUUCUCACAGCAUUUAGAAUUCCUGGGAGAUUCAUUGAAAAGCAAAAUAAGAAAAAGAAAUAGCCUGUCUACAUGCAGCAUGGCCUGAUUGAUGAUGCUGGUACAUGGUUCUUCAAUAACAAUGUCAAUAUUGAUUUAUCAUUCUAACUAGCAGAUCUAGGCUAUGAUGUAUGGCUUACUAAUAGCAGAGGAACAGUAUACUCUAACUAGCAUAGAAAAUUUACAACUUCAGAUUCGAACUUUUGGGAGUUCACUCUUCAUGAAAUGGGAUAAUAUGAUGUCCCUGCUAAUCUGAAUUACAUCAUGGAAAAGACAGGGUUUGAUUAAGUCAUUUAUAUUGGUCAUUCCCAGGGUACAACUUAGUGGUUCAUAGCAAAUAGUCUCUAUUGGGAUAUUCAUAAGCAUUUCAAAGUUUUCAUUGGUGUUGCUCCUGUCAUGUUUAUUGGAGAGACUAAGAGUGUAGCAGCCAAGACUUUAGACCUUUUGAAAAUUCCAGAUUUUCUAUAUGAGUUCUUAGACCAUGUUUUAUACUUACCAAACCUAUCAGGACUUGGAUAGCCACUUUUAAGAACUUUCCCAAGGUCUUCUUGGAUGAUGGUUCAGUCGAUUGUGGGUUAUGACGAUAAAUAUCAUAUUGAUCUUGCUACUCUCCCUAUGAUGGCAAUCAACGAUGUGGGUGGAACUUCUACUAAAAACAUGUUGCAUUGGAUUUAAAUGCUGAGAUCUAAACGCUUUUGUUAAUUUGAUUACGGGAAAAAUGAAAAUAUGAAAAAAUAUGGGGAACCUACUCCUCCUAAUUAUGAUGUUUACAAUUUCAAGGAGGACUUGAAAGACAUCAAAAUGCUUUUGUUCUAUGGGCAAAGAGACACUCUUUUGGAUCUCGAGGAUUAUGAGAAACUCAAGAACGUUUUGCCAGACCAUGCAAAAACUAUAUAUAUCGAAGACUACAAUCAUGUAGAUUAUAUGUGGGCUGAAGACUCAAAUGAAUUUGUCAAUAAGCAUAUUGUUGAGUUCCUAAAAUCAAUAGAAUGA